UCCAGAUUGCUGCUACUGAGCUUGAAAAGAAGCUGUAGCUAAGAAGAAGAAAAAGCCAAUUAUCUUGCAGAACACUGUCCACCUCUGCACAUGCCAAGUUCCAUGCAAGAACUGCAGGAAUUUGUCAAAAAACUUCAUACUAAGGUAGAAGAGGUUGAUGAGGAAAGAUACGACACAGAAGUUAAAUUACAGAAAACUACCAAAGAGCUUGAAGAUUUGAGCCAGAAACUGUUUGACCUGAGGGGCAAAUUCAAGAGGCCACCCCUGCGUAGAGUCCGCAUGUCUGCUGACGCUAUGCUGAGAGCCCUUCUGGGUUCCAACAAAGUCUGCAUGGAUCUUAGAGCUAAUCUGAAGCAAGUCAAGAAAGAAGACUCUGAAAAGGAGAAGGACCUACGUGAUGUGGGUGACUGGAGGAAAAACAUUGAGGAAAAGUCUGGAAUGGAGGGCAGGAAGAAGAUGUUUGAAGGUGGCGAGUAAUAAGAUCUGCUCAACUCUAAUCCAGUUCUAAUACCUAUCCAAAUCUUCUGCAAACCUUUACAGCGCUGUUUUUGGGAUGACUUUCCUCAUGCCACAGUUGCAUUCAUAGUGCAGCCCACCAUACAGAACCUACCUGCUGCCUGAUCCCUUUUUAUUUCUGGGUACUAGUUGAUGAGAUCCUUUAAAUACAUAGUACAACAAAGG